GGGGCGGCCGGUAGGCGGCGGCGGCGGCGGCGACGCGGGGCCGGCGGCCGUGCGGUGCCGGGAGGGCUGCUAGGCAGGCGGCAGGAUGCUGCGCGCCGCACUGCCGCUGCUCUGGCUGCCCCUGGCGGGGGCGGGAGCAACCGAAGAGCCCACCCAGGAGCCGGGGUCGCCGGGUGAGCCUCCCCCAGGGUUGGCGCUCUUCCGCUGGCAGUGGCACGAGGUGGAGGCGCCCUACCUGGUAGCCCUCUGGAUCCUGGUGGCCAGCCUGGCUAAAAUCGUGUUUCACUUGUCUCGGAAGGUGACGUCUCUGGUCCCUGAGAGCUGCCUGCUGAUAUUGCUGGGACUGGUGCUGGGGGGCAUUGUCUUGGCUGUGGCCAAGAAAGCUGAAUACCAGCUGGAGCCAGGCACCUUCUUCCUCUUCCUGUUGCCUCCUAUCGUGCUGGACUCGGGCUAUUUCAUGCCUAGCCGGCUAUUCUUUGACAACCUGGGCGCCAUCCUCACCUACGCUGUGGUGGGCACACUCUGGAAUGCCUUCACGACAGGUGCUGCCCUCUGGGGCCUGCAGCAGGCUGGACUUGUGGCCCCUAGAGUGCAGGCUGGCUUGCUGGACUUCCUGCUGUUCGGGAGCCUCAUCUCAGCAGUGGACCCCGUGGCCGUGUUGGCUGUCUUUGAGGAGGUGCACGUCAACGAGACCCUCUUUAUCAUCGUCUUCGGCGAGUCCCUGCUCAACGAUGCAGUUACUGUGGUGCUGUACAAGGUCUGCAACUCUUUUGUGGAGAUGGGCUCUGCCAACGUGCAGGCCACUGACUACCUGAAGGGAGUCGCCUCCUUGUUUGUGGUCAGUCUGGGCGGGGCAGCCGUGGGCUUAGUCUUUGCCUUCCUCCUGGCCCUGACCACACGCUUCACCAAGCGGGUCCGCAUCAUCGAGCCUCUGCUGGUCUUCCUCCUCGCCUACGCAGCCUACCUUACUGCUGAAAUGGCCUCGCUCUCCGCCAUUCUUGCGGUGACUAUGUGUGGCCUGGGCUGUAAGAAGUACGUGGAGGCCAACAUCUCCCAUAAGUCCCGCACAGCUGUCAAGUACACAAUGAAGACUCUAGCCAGCUGCGCUGAGACCAUCAUCUUCAUGCUGCUUGGCAUCUCGGCCGUGGACUCUUCCAAGUGGGCCUGGGACUCUGGGCUGGUGCUGGGCACCCUCUUCUUCAUCCUGUUCUUCCGAGCCCUCGGCGUAGUCCUGCAGACGUGGGUGUUGAAUCAGUUCCGGCUGGUCCCUCUGGACAAGAUUGACCAGGUGGUGAUGUCCUAUGGGGGCCUGCGGGGGGCUGUGGCCUUCGCUCUCGUCAUCCUCCUGGACAGGACCAAGAUCCCUGCCAAGGACUACUUUGUAGCCACCACUAUUGUGGUGGUCUUCUUCACAGUCAUCGUGCAGGGCCUGACCAUCAAGCCACUGGUCAAGUGGCUGAAGGUGAAGAGGAGUGAGCAUCACAAACCUACCCUGAACCAGGAGCUGCAUGAGCACACUUUUGACCACAUUCUGGCUGCAGUGGAGGACGUUGUGGGGCACCAUGGCUAUCACUACUGGAGGGACAGGUGGGAGCAGUUUGAUAAGAAGUACCUGAGUCAGCUGUUGAUGCGGCGGUCAGCCUACCGCAUCCGGGACCAGAUUUGGGAUGUGUACUACAGACUCAACAUCCGGGAUGCCAUCAGCUUCGUGGACCAGGGAGGCCACGUCUUGUCCUCCACCGGGCUCACUCUGCCCUCUAUGCCCAGCCGCAAUUCUGUGGCAGAGACCUCUGUCACCAACCUGCUGAGGGAGAGUGGCAGUGGAGCAUGUCUGGAUCUGCAGGUGAUUGACACAGUACGCAGCGGCCGGGACCGUGAGGAUGCUGUGAUGCACCACCUGCUCUGUGGAGGCCUUUACAAACCUCGCUACAGGGUUGGCCUGUUACAAGAGCUGUUUAAGAAUGUCUUCUCUGGUAGCAGAGGGCAGAUCAAACUGGAGGGGUACAAAGCCAGCUGCAGCCGCCACUUCAUCUCUGAGGAUGCGCAGGAGCGCCAGGACAAGGAGGUCUUCCAGCAGAACAUGAAGCGGCGGCUGGAGUCCUUUAAGUCCACCAAGCACAACAUCUGCUUCACCAAGAGCAAGCCACGACCCCGCAAGGCCGGCCGCAAGAAGAAGGAUGGCAUGGCUAACACGGAGGCUACAAAUGGGAAACCUCCUCGAGACCUGGGCUUCCAGGACACAGCUGCUGUGAUAUUAACCGUAGAGUCUGAGGAGGAGGAGGACAGCGACAGUUCGGAGACAGAGAAGGAGGACGAUGAAGGGAUCAUCUUUGUGGCUCGGGCUACCAGUGAGGUUCUCCAAGAGGGCAAAGUUUCAGGGAGCCUUGAGGUGUGUCCAAGCCCACGCAUCAUACCCCCUUCCCCAACCUGUGCAGAGAAGGAGCUGCCCUGGAAGAGUGGGCAGGGGGACCUGGCAGUCUACGUGUCCUCAGAGACCACCAAGAUUGUGCCUGUGGACAUGCAGACAGGCUGGAACCAAAGCAUCUCGUCCCUGGAGAGCCUGGCAUCCCCGCCCUGUACCCAGGCCCCACCUAUGACCCGCCUGCCUCCCCGCUCACUGGUCACUGAAGAGCCCCAGGCCCCUCUCAACCUGCCUUCUGAUCUACGCCCUAGCUUUGCCUUUCCCACGAGCCUGGCCAAGGCUGGCCGCUCUCACAGCGAGAGCAGCGCUGACAUCCCCCAGCAGCAGGAGCUGCAGCCCCUCAUGGGACACGAGGACCACACUCAUCUCAGCCCAGGCACCGCCAACUCCCACUGGUGCAUCCAGUUCAACAGAGGUGGCCGGCUGUAGCCCAGGGACUCGAGGAGGAGCAGGGGGCCGAGCCCCUGUGGAAACCUUCCCUGCACAAUGGGCAGAGGAGCCCACUCAACCUGACAUGGGGCUAGAGGGCCCUGGACUGAAGUAGCAACUGGGCUCCCUUGGGGCAGGUCAGAAGGGUCUCCUGGGCUGGUCCUCACAGGGACCUUUUUCACCACCCUCCCUGCUUCUAACUCCUGCCACUUUCCCUUUCAGUAAGGCCCUUACCCUGGCUCAAGACCCAGUCCAGAGCUUCUAGGGGCAAGGCCCAGAGAUGCAGGUAGUUGAUGCCCCUUCCCCAGAGGGUCCUCAUGGGGUGACUCUACGCAGAUGUUCUUGCCCCCAAAGCAAGGGCAUCAUUCCUCAGCUGACACUGGCCUUUCCUGCCCUCCAUCUCCUCCCUAGCGCCAGUGCAAGGACAGGACCCUGGCAGAAGGCUCCACGAGGGGCUGGUCCUCAGAGGGUAUGGGGUGGGAGGUGCAGCAGGCUUUGCUGCCCUGUUGGGUCAGCUACCCAUAAUCAAUUUGUUUAGGGCAGUGGGAAUCUGUCUCCACUCCUUGCUUUAUCUCCUUCCCUUUGCUGCCAGUCACUGGGGCAAUAGUUCCUCCUUUUCCAGGACUAUGGCCACAGGGCUGGGCCAGGGUUCACAAGAGGGCUGCUUCUUAGCCAGGGUUACUCUGAGGGAUCUGCUGCUCUGUGUCCAAGUUUGGACCUUUCAGAUCCUUGGGUCUGGGUUUUAUGAGGAGGGGAGACGAUGGUCUCUGGGCUCCCACCCACAUUGUCACCUUGUUAUUCCCCAAACAGGAAAGGAGCCAGGUAUCCCAGGGCCACUGCUCCACUGCUCUGGGGCUGGGAUGUCUGGCUGCAGUGGUAAGGGGCUGACUGGGUGGCAGGUGACUUUCCUGGGGUUAGCGCCUGCCCUGUAUUUUGUACUUUGAACCUAAGAUACAUUAAACAUCUCUUGGAUGGA